CGCCAUUUCAACAUGGCCGCCUCCCGUCAGCGAGGUUAGCCCAACGGGAGGCUCCUCGCGUUCUGCCCAAUAUCGGGCCCUGUGAGCACGCCACAAGGCGGCCGCCGCUCGGCACCGUUUGUCGUACGAACAUGUCGCUUUAUCGGAGAAGCUUUUUGGCCGCCGCGCUCCUCGGAGCGGCUCGGGCGCACAACAUUCGCAGGCUGAGCCGCUGCCAAGCGCUCGUGUACGCGAACCACGGAGAUCCUUCCCGUGUCAUUCAGUUGAAGAAUGUGGAUCUUCGCCCGGUGGGUCCAAAAGAUGUUCUGGUGAAAAUCCUGGCCGCUCCCAUCAACCCGUCCGACAUCAACAUGAUCCAAGGGACAUACGCUAUCCUGCCCGAGCUGCCGGCCGUCGGCGGCAACGAGGGCGUGGCCCAGGUGGUGGAGGCCGGCGGCCGGGUCGCGUCGCUCCAAAUCGGAGACUGGGUCAUCCCCAGAGAUGCCGGCUCGGGCACGUGGAGGACGGCGGCCGUGUUCGACGAAGACGACGUGAUCGCGGUGCCCCGUGACAUCCCCCUGUUGGCGGCCGCCACGCUCGGGGUGAACCCCUGCACCGCCCUCAGGAUGUUGGCCGACUUUGAGCACCUGCAGCCGGGCGAUUCGCUGAUCCAGAACGCAGCCAACAGCGGCGUGGGGCAGGCGGUCAUUCAAAUCGCUGCGGCCAGGGGAAUCGACACCAUCAACGUGCUGCGAGACAGGCCGCAGUUCGCCCGGCUAAGCGAUCGACUGAAGGCCCUGGGAGCGAGUCACGUGAUCAAGGAGGACGCGCUGAGGCGCCCCGACUUGGAGGAACUCUUCAAGACGUGCCCAAAGCCCAAACUGGCCUUGAACGCCGUCGGAGGAAAGAGCGCCACCGAGCUGCUGCGUCAUCUCCAGGUCGGAGGCACCAUGGUGACUUACGGCGGGAUGUCCAAGCAGCCCGUCGCCGUCCCCACGAGCGCUCUUAUUUUCAAGGACGUAAAAGUGCGCGGCUUCUGGGUGACGCGGUGGAAGAGGCAACACUCAAACGGAGCGGUGAGAGCCACGCUGGCCGAGCUGUGCGCCCUCCUGCGCCAGGGAAAGCUGAGCGCCCCCGCCUGCGCCGAGGUGCCUCUGAGCGACUACCGCCGAGCCCUGGACGCCGCCGCGCAGCCCUUCGCCGCCGCCAAGCAGAUCCUGAUCACGUGAAGACGCCUCACGAAAUGGCAACGCUU